CACUACGCCAUCGUAAGAGCUUUAUGUUUCUGGGCACUUGUUCUGACUUAUCCUUUGAGUAACCUGUUCACGAAAGCCCUAGGAGCUAGAGCUACCUAUGGCUAUAGGGGACGACCGGGCGCCGCCCCGCGGCCGGUCAGAUUCUCCAGAUGAACCGCUGCUUGAUGGUCGCGUCGGGCUGUUUGAAAUGCGGAACCGGCCCCGUCGCGACGUUCCAUGGCUCAUCGCGUACCUUCUUCUGCUGUUAGGAGCCCUUGCUGGUGGCGUUUUCGCCUUCAUGCACAGGAACACCCGGUUUGAGAAGCUGGUCACUCCCGAGUCGAUGUCCGACCCGCACCUUUGCCCCAUCGACGCCACCUCCCACGCCGCUCGGCGGCUGCUGCAGCAGGGCCCAGACGCGCCCUCGCCCUUCGACUUUGACCUGUUCAUGCGAGCAGCGGGCAUGUGGGCGGGGGCAAGUGUGGGAGGUGCCCUGCUGGUGGGUCUGCUGUUCGUGUGGCUGGUCCGCGUGAGCCCGGGUGCCCUGGUGGCCACCGCGCUGGGGCUGCAGGUCAGCGUGCCGGCGGCGGUGGGCAUCCUGGCGCUGACCCGUGGGUCGGUGGGCGCAGGCGUGGCGCUGCUGGGCUUAGCGGGCCUCACGCUGCUGGUGUUCAUACUGUGGAAGCAGCAGGUCCAGCUGGUGACGGCGCUGUUGGGUCUGGCGGGGCGGGGGCUGAGCGCCAACCCGGGCCUGGUGCCCAUGGCGCUGGGGCUGCAGCUGCUGGCGUUGGGUCUGCUGGAGACGCCGCUGCUGCUGGCGCUCAUCGGGGCAGCCAUGAACGGCACCCUCGCCUUCAACCCGCACCGGGCGGACCGGGGCGCCGCGGAGAGCCCGGAGCAGUGCGUGGACGCGGAGGGGGACAGCGUGUCGUGCUGCGUGUGGAAGACCGAGCCCUGGGUCCCCGCCUACAUGACCCUAGCUGGCAUCGCCAUGACCUGGACCCUCUUCCUCGCCUUCCAAAUCAAGCUUUACACCGUGGGGGGCACCAUCGCCCAAUGGUACUUCGAACCCGUCUCCGCCGCUGCUGCAACAGACGACGACAUGUACCACGGAGGCGGCGGCGCUUCGUCUUCUUCCGCCGACGCCGCCAAUGGUGGCGGCCGCCGUACGACAGCGCGCCGACGGCGGAGUCGUACACUGACGGCUCUUCGUUUCGCCGCCGGACCGUCCCUUGGGUCGCUGUGCUGCGGCAGUGCCAUCCUCACACUGGUGUCCAUGAUCCGGCAGGCCAUGGAGAAGGCCCGUCAGGAGCGAGACCGCAACCUGCUUGCCGCCUGCGCCGCCGCGUGCUGCUCGCUGCUGCUGUCGCUGCUGGAGUUCGUGACGCGCUUCGCCACGGUGCGCGCGGCGGUGACUGGGGAGGCGUUCCUGACCGCGGGGCGGGGGGUGGUGCAGCUGCUGAAGCGCAACGCCAUGGACGCGUUCGGAGUGUGGUGGCUUCCCCCCAUGAUCAUCCAGUCCUGCUGCUUCCUCCUCUCCGCCUCUUGGGCCGCCGCCGUCAGCCUGCUCUCCUACGCCACCACCUGGCGUCACCAGGCGCACGCCGCCUCGCCCCACCAGGCCUCCGUCUCCGCCUGGCUCACCGCGCUGCUGGCGCUGCUGGCCGCAUGGGCGGUGCUGGGCUUCCUGGGCUCGCUGCUGCUGAACGUCAUUGAUGCGCUGUUCGUGUGCUUCGCCAUGGACCGUGACUUGGGGCAGGUGAGUGCGCCCGAGGUGCACCAGGUGAUGGGCAAGUUGCCGAGUGUGGGGGUUCUGGUGCAGCAGC